AACAAAAACAGGAAGUCCCGAAGUUACACUGAGUGUUCAGGGACCUGCAUACAAUCAGCUAACCUUUAUAUAUUCUAGCCUAUUAGUUAGAAAGCAUCAUUUAAAAAAUGACUUGUUAUAUAAAGAGUGACUGUGGUGAUAAACAGAAGUUUGAUCCUAAAACUGAGAGGAAAUAACAAUGUGAUUAAGCUGUACAAGCUUAUAUUGUUGACAUAUGGGCGUGAAUAUGAAAGUGAAACUAACCACUCCUAAAAGGAACAAAAUUUCAGACAGUAAACGCGCCAAUUCUCGUUCAAUGUCUGCACAAAUGUCGUCGGUCGUGGUCUUCUUCUUCUCCCUUCACAUCUUACUGGCUUCUGGAUUGAAAGAGCUCAGAGUGAGUCCUGGACAAGCUGCCACUCUUCAGUGUUGGGGUCCCAGAGAUGCACACAUCACCCUGCUGGAGUGGAGCAGACCGGAGCUCAUCUCACAGGGUUAUGUGUUCUUCUUCCAAGACCAGCGCUCAUACGAGAACUACCAGCACGAGUCCUUUAAAGGCCGAGUGCAGCUGAGAGACUCAUCCAUGAUGGAUGGAGACGCUUCUGUAACUAUGAGGAACGUCAGCGUGAGCGAUACGGGUAUAUACAAGUGUGAGAUUACAACCAGCAAGACAAGCAGUGGCCAGAGAGUCGUCAGCGAGUUCAAGCACUCCAUCAACCUCACAGUCACAGACACAGGUUUCACAGAAGGAGACUCGAAAGAAAGAGGACACAAGGAUGCAUGUUUUUAUGCUAUUGUGUUAAUUCCUUCAUGCGGACUUUUUCUUGGUGUUAUGGUUUUUGUUACUGUAGCUGUAAAUAUCUACAGAAAAAAGCAAUCAUCAAAAUCCAAAUCAUACCAGCAUGAAUGGAAAGUGUGAACAGCUGGCAUGAAAUGUUCAGACCUGUUUAACCUCAACGACUGAGGUUUCUGCUGUUCCACAAAAAAUGAAAAUUCAGAAGUAUGUAUAUAUAUAUAUAUAUACAUAUACAUAGAGAGAGAGAGAGACAUAUGCAUUAAUUUGGGUCUACCUUACAAUAUAAAGAGACUUGAGGCGACUGCUGUUGUGAUUUGAUGUUAUAUAAAUAAAAUUGAAUUGAGUUGUUCAUUCAUCUUAACUGUGUUUAAAAGUGACUUGAAGCAACUGGGUGGCCCUGAUGAAACUGAAUUAAACUGAAAAGUUUUUUUGAGUGUGUUGACACACAUCUGAUUACAUCAUAGAAUUAAAAUGAGUGAUGUCACAUCUAGAUUUGAGGUAGGAGGUUUGCUUGGUGGUUUCCAUAUGAGGAAUUUUCUUUGUAGGAGGUUAUUUUGGAUUCAUUCCCUUCAAUCUUUAUCUAAAACUGUUCUGCAAGUCCACACAGCACACACCCCCCCCCCCCACGCACACACACACACACACAUAAAACAUAUUAAGGAUUAUACAUAGUUACACCCUUUUUACACGUUCUUUUCUACUCUGUAAUAUUCUUGUCAAUUUUGGGGGGUAUUAGUUUAUAAUCACCUCUGUCAAUCCUUGAUAUUUAUAAUUGAGUGAUCUGUAUAUAUUAGUAUUUCUAAAUGUGUAAAAUCUGUAACAUAAUGUAGUGUUUGGAGUUUAGUCUGUUACUGUUACUA